AUGACCAGCGACGAGAAGAAUGUGGUGGCAGGCCUUUCCAAGGUUUCGACCGCCGAGGCAGACAAUGAACACAUUGAGACGAUCGUGGGUAGUACGGGUUUCAACGAUGCUCUGAUUCGAGAGCACCCAACUCUGAUGAGCUCCACGACUAUGCUGCUUUUUGCGUGCAGCAUUCUUGGCUGCUUGUGCCAAACCAUGAAUGGUUACGACGGAAGUCUGCUCAAUGGUCUGCUCGCCAAUCCUCAGUUCAAGUCUUUCUUCCAUGGUUCCAACGCAGGAAUCUGGGCUGGUAUUGUGUCAUCCAUGUAUCAGAUCGGUGGUGUCGUCGCACUUCCUUUUGUCGGUCCCGCUAUCGAUACCUGGGGCCGCAGAUGGGGCAUGUUCAUCGGUUCUCUCAUCAUCGCUGUCGGCACAAUUAUCUCCGGAACUACCUUCAAUGAUGGGAAGGUUGGACAAUUCAUGGGCGGCAGAUUCUUGCUCGGCUUUGGUGUUUCGAUUGCGUCCUCCGCGGGACCCAUCUAUGUGGUCGAAAUGUCCCACCCUGCAUACCGUGGCAAGGUCACAGCUUACUGCAAUACUUUCUGGUUCACGGGAAGUAUCAUUGCCGCAGGCUGUGUCAGAGGUGCUUUGAACUUAUCGGGUAACUCAUCCUGGCUCGUACCUGUCUGGGUUCAGAUGGCCUGUCCCUUGAUCAUUUGUCUCUUCGUCUGGUUCAUUCCCGAAUCACCUCGCUGGCUCUAUGUGAACAACAAGCAAGACUCUGCCAUUGCGACCCUCACCAAGUGGCAUGGGCAAGGCAACCGAGAUAGUGCUUGGGUCAAGCUUCAGCUCUCCGAGUACGAAGACUUCUUGAACAUGGACGGUGCCGACAAGCGUUGGUGGGAUUACAGCGCACUUUUCAAGAAGAGAAGUUCUCGCUACAGACUUGCAUGCAACUGUGGCUUCAGUAUCUUCGCACAGUGGGCAGGAAAUGCUGUCUUAACGUACUUCAUCGCGGCGGUGCUGGACACUGCUGGCUACCACCAGGCUAUUCAACAAACCAAUAUCAACUUGGGCUACGCAUGCUUCCAAUUCGUGUUUGCUCUUGCGGGAUCUGCAUUCGUCGACAAGAUUGGCAGACGCCGCCUGAUGCUCACCGGCAUGGUUGGUUGUGCAAUCGUCUGGGUCGGCAUGACUACUGCCAGCGGCAUCUUCAACAACUCUGCAAACGCAAGUGCCGCCAAAGCUACAGUCGCCAUGAUCUUCAUGUUCGGCGCUGUCUUUUCUUUCUGCCUCACUCCGCUUCAAGCGUUGUAUCCAGUUGAAGUACUGUCUUUCGAGAUGCGUGCCAAAGGCAUGGCGUUCUCGAGUCUGGCUGUCAAUGCUGGUGGUCUGCUCAACCAGUUUGCUUGGCCCGUUUCGCUUGAGAACAUUGGAUGGAAGACUUAUAUCAUCUUCAUUAUCUGGUGUGUUGCUCAGACCGUCAUCAUCUGGUAUUGGUUCCCUGAGACCAAGAAUCGCACUCUCGAGGAACUCGACGAUAUCUUUGAAGCUUCCAAGCCCGUUAAGAAGUCCCUGGAAAAGAAGCAGGUAUUGGUCAGCGAGCAGCACGGUGUUGCUGUGAUUGAGAAGGUUGUGGCAUAA